AUGUGUGGAUAUACGAUUUUUUACACAGCUGAUGGUUUACCCGAUGCCGCUGAUCAACGAUCUACUGGAGGAUCUCGAGUCUACACUGUGGUAUUGCUCUUUGGAUAUGGCGAGCGGAUUCUGGGUGGUGAAGAUGACGGAUCGGGCCCGGCUGAUCUCUGGAAUCGGAUGCCUUUUGGGCGGAAAAAUGCGCCGCAGAUCUACCAGCGGAUGAUCGACAAUGCCCUGUAUGGGUUCACUCGGAUCCCAAAAAUGGCAGGUGAUCUGAAGCAUCUGGCUGUAUUCGAGGCCGGAGAACCCAAAGAUCCGGUCAAACCAUUGGUGUUAGGACGCAGAUCCUACAUCGACGACAUCUUGGUGCCAGCUGAUAAUUGA